UUUUGCUUGAUGUAUUAAACUAUAACAAGCACUCCUUCCUCUGGCUUCUUUAUUCAAAGAUUGUUACCAUUUGUUUAUUUUUAUUUUUUUAUUAAUAAAACAAUGUUACAACCAAAUAAUUUACUGGUGGCAGAACAAAUUCUGUUAACUCAAGAAAGUAUGAAUGUAGUCAAUGGAGAUAAUGAUACACUACUCAUUAAAAUCGAACCAAAACAAGAAGAAGAAAUCAAUUCCAUUCUUCAGGGACACAUUUCAGUAACUAACGAAGUUUCGGUGACAAUAAAGGACGAAAUUACCAUUAGUACACCUUGUUCUAAAUCUGUUUAUAAUGAACAAGUACAGCAACACUCUGACUUUCAACGUCACCUUUUAACUCCGUGCAAAACAGUGUCGAAGGAUUUUAAAUGUGCUCAUUGUGAUUACAAGACAAACAAGAAAUAUUCCUUUAACAAACACCUUUUAAUACAUAAACUUUCUAAAGAUUUGAAAUGUGAUCAUUGUGAUUAUAAGACAAAUUUUAAAUCCCACCUUAAACGGCACUUUUUAACACAUAAAGUUUAUAGCUCGGUUUCUAAGGAUUUUAAAUGUGCAAAUUGUGAUUAUGGGACAAAUAAUAAAGGCAACUUUAAACAACAUCUUCUAAAACACAAAGUGUGUAAAGUUUUUAGCUGUGCUGAUUGUGGUUAUGGGACUAAUGUUAAAAGUAACAUCAAACAACAUCUUUUAAAUCAUAAAAUUUCUAAAGAUUUUAAAUGUGCUGCUUGUGGUUAUGGAACAAAUGCUAAAUACAACUUCAUACGACACAGGUUGAUACAUAAAGUUUCUAAGGAUUUUAAAUGUGCUAGUUGUAAUUACGAAACAAAUGAUAAAUACUACUUCAAACAACAUCUUUUGAAACAUAAAGCUUCUAUGGAUUUUAAAUGUGGUAAUUGUGAUUAUGAGACAAACAAUAAAACUAACUUUAACCACCACCUUUCAACGCAUAAAGUUUCUAAGGCUUUUAAAUGUGCUCAUUGUGAUUAUGAUACAAAUUUUAAAUCCCAUCUUAAACGACACCUCAAACGGCACCUUUUAACACAUACAGGUUCUAAGGAUAUUAAAUGUGUUAUUUGUAAUUAUGAGACAAACGAUAAAUUUAACUGGAACAGACACCUUUUAACACAUAGAGUUUCUAAGGAUUUUAAAUGUGCCAACUGUGAUUAUGCGACAAAUCAUAAAGGCAACUUCGCACAACACCUUUUAACACAUAAAGUUUCUAAGGAUUUUAAGUGUGAUACUUGUGAUUAUGGGACAAAUGUUAAACGCUACUUCAAACGACAUUUUUUAAAACAUAAAGAGUCUAAGGAUUUUAAAUGUGCUAAUUGUGAUUAUGAAACAAAUGAUAAACGCUACUUCAAACAACAUCUUUUGAAACAUAAAGCUUCUAAGGAUUUUAAAUGUGCUCAUUGUGAUUAUGAUACAAAUUUUAAAUCCCAUCUUAAACAACACCUCAAACGGCGCCUUUUAACACAUAGUUAAGGAUAUUAAAUGUUAAAUGCAACUUAAAAUGACAUAUUUUAUUGUUAUUUAUGUAUUAAGGGCAUACUAUAGUAGUGUUGUUUAUAUUCUCGAGGGUGACGAGUUAAAAUGCUCGAGAAUUUGACUCCCUCGCCCCUGAAGCGGCUUCAGUUCGUAAAUAUUCCUGGAGAAAUAAUAGCUAUCAUUAUUGACUUGUGAUAUAAUUUACUAUUUUAAAACAAAUAAACAUCUGGCUGUCAUAUUAAUUAGUUUGUAUUGUUGCUUUGGCUUAUAACAUAAAUCUCUUACACUUCUUAAACUGUUACCGGCACCAGCACUUGACGUAUCCCAUGUCUUCUGUAUAAAGCCAGUUGGACAAGAAAUAUUAUUAUACAAAUUGAGAACUUUUUCUUAAUCUGAACACAUCACACACAAACGAAAAUAAAAAUAGGGAAGCCAAAGCAAUUAUCUCAAUGGCAGCAAUAUUCAAAUUAGCGAGAUCUUUAUUUGUUUUAAGAAGUUAUUUUGGUUGCAUAAAAUUAGGCGCCCUUCAGAAGCGAUUUUGUCAUUUAAAAGUAGACAUGUCUACUUCUUAAUAAAUAGCACUGUAUAUGUGGGUAUUGGGUAAUCCACGGAAAUCCCAAUAUUGACCCAACAUUUGUAAUGAUAUGAAAUGGGAAUAAACUUAUUAAUCAAUGGUAUAGAUUAGGAAUUCGUGAUCGGUAAAAUUAUCAUAAAACUUAUUUCAGUUUGUUCACGAUUUUAGCAAUCGUCAAUCACAUAAUCAUAAGUGAAAGUAAAGGCGAAUUUACACGAGGACAGUAACUAAAGCAAGUUACUUUAUUUAGCGACUGGCUGCGUGUAAACGUCCGAUUUAGUACUUGAG